AUGGCAGCCUAUCAAAACCUGGCCUCGAAGAUAUUCUGUUCUUGCUGCCGGAACUGUAAGGAAGCUGUCAUUGAGAGCGUCAAGUCUCCCAGUCAAACCCAAGGGAACCAGCAACCAACCUACAUGCUGGUGAAAUCUCAGAAGAAUGAGUUCAACAAACAAAAUCUCGAGCACACUAAUGCACAGUACCCCAUUGGUCAAGAAAACAGAUACUCUUCCAGCAGCAGUGAUUUUGAAGAGCUGACUGCAUACAACAUACAAACAGGAUACCCUAAAAAACUUCUAAACCGCUACUGCCAGGAACACUGGGCCUUCCAGCCGUGCCUCAUUGGGAGACCCUGAGGGUCCUAGCGGCAGCAUCACAGGGGUUCUGAGCUGUGCAGCUGCUGGAGGGUCUCCAUGAGAAUGAAGAAGGCAGUGGACAGGAUUCAUGAAGUCUGAUUCAGAAACUCCACUGCAGGAGGGAAGAGGUCUGAGCCAUACCUGUGCCACCAGCAUGAGUCACUCCAGCUCCUAACACAGCCAGGGAGGGGGGCUGCCUGCAAUUAAAGUCCUUUGCUGCAUCAGAGGACGUGUCCCUCCUGUUUGUCCCUCCCCCAUACCUUAUAAGUAUCUUAUCAGUUCUUACA